AUGGUUGUGUUGAGGAAACAACCGAGUUCGAGGACACCCAGCAUGAACCGUCAAGAGGCUGAGGACGUGCUGAUGAAGAACGAGGAGCACGAAACGCCUCAAGAGGUGAGCAAUUUGCAAGAAUUUGGAGGUAUGCAAGGGGAGGAGUGGUCCAAGUUUGUACGAGUGGUGCAGGAAGCGAAAGAAGGGGCGGUGUCAGUACUGAGUAACGCAAAGUUGACCAAGCAAAUUAGGACAGAUCUAGAAGAAGGAUGGGAUCAAGUGAAGGAGGCAGAGUGGAGAGAGUACGUGAGAACUGUAGAAAAGGAUGGAAAACUGAUUAACGAGUCAUGCGAGCUCUUAGGAACCGACGUUUUCCAGCUGAAAAGGACAGUCGAGUCGAGAUGCGGCAAGGCCACCAAUGUGGAUGAGCAGGCACAACUGCCGGGUAGGAAUCCACUAUCGACGGAUCCUGCUCACGAGGACGCAGGUACUGCAAACCUUCACUUCCUAUACUACCUAAGGGCCAUGACAUGUGCUGACCAGGCGGUAUUCAAAGGGAGCAAAGAUGAAAAUUUCUCGGAGUUUCCAAGGAAGUUAGAAGGAAGUAGUCAAGAACUGGCUAAGCUGCUAGCGUGCGAUUCUACUGCAAGCAGGAUGAGGGCGCUGACCGAGUUGAAGAAUCUGAGGAUGACACCUAGUCAAGAGGUGGCAGUGUUCUGUGUGGUCCUAAAGAAAAUAGACAAGCAAGCAAACCCAGAAUGCACAUUACACACAGGACAGAACGAUGGAAUACGCCCAGAUCCUUCUGGAAAAUUUGAGUGCAUGGCCGGAGCACUUCCAAUUAGUCGGAGCGCUUCACAGGGUUGGGCCUAG